GCUGCAAGAUCGUCAACACGUGAGAGCGCGCCGCGGUCCAAAUUCGUGACUUCCGACUUCGCUUCCUCCAAAUGCGUCAUUCGAGAGCUGCAGCUGCCGUCAACUUCUUCCCGUUUACAUAAACUUCACGCCGAACCUCCAGCCGGAUUUGCUGCAAUACCUUACGUAUUCUGAACGCCUCUAUUCCUUAGACCAUGUUGAUGUAAACAGCAACGAAGGCAACACUCGCAACAUGGCGGAACCGUCAACGCCACCCAGAAGGCCGGCCCCGGUCGACGCCAUCACCCCCGAACAAGUUCGGCGGAUGGAGGAGAGCCGACUAAGAGCCAAAGCACUACAAACACAGCGACAGCAAGAGACACGCUCAUCGGCAUCGAAUCGUCCGCAAAACUCAUAUCCCACCGGUGCAGGACAAAAGCGUAGCCACUCCGAGAUCUCCUCCUCCGUGCCCCCCACCACCCGGGACGCACGCAACUCCAUCGCACCACAUGCCAGACAGCAUCCGAACAGCAAUAAUGGCCUCGCCGAAGCCCAAGACUCGGGCAUCCGCGCCGCGCGCAAGUUUCAGAAGUUCGUGGAGUAUGACUUUAGCAAGAUGACGGAUACCAAGGGCGGGUUCAUGACGGAGGAAGACGACCCGUACAACAGGGUGUUGCACGCUGCUGAUAAUGAUGAGAAGCCGGCGAACAUGACGUUGAAAGAGUGGGAGCGGGCGCAGUUGCAGCGCCGACUGCGGGAGCGACGAGAAGGGCCAUAUGAGCCGGGGUUGAGCGUGCUUGAUCAGAAUGCCAAAAAGUGUCGGGAGUGCGGCAGUUUGGAGAUCGAUUGGCAGUGGGACGAGCUACUGCAUACGCAAGUUUGCAAUAGUUGUAAAGAGAAGAUGCCGGAGAAGUACAGCCUGCUCACCAAGACUGAGGCGAAGGAGGACUACCUGCUCACCGACCCGGAACUGCGCGACGCCGACCUCCUACCCCAUCUCGAGAAGCCGAAUCCGCACAAGAGCACGUGGAACAAUAUGAUGCUCUACCUGCGCUACCAAGUCGAGGAGUACGCCUUCUCGGCGCGGAAGUGGGGAUCCGAGCAGGCGCUCGAUGAGGAAUUCGAGCGGCGGCUGAAAGAGACAAAGGAUAGAAAGGACAAGAAGUUUCGGAAUAAGCUACAGGAGCUGAAGAAGAGGACCAGGGUGGAUGCGUAUAAGCGCGCGAGGGCGGGAGGCGGUGGCGAGUUUGGGGAUCGAUUGGGACGAGGGCGGCAUGAGCAUGAGUGGGGAGGGAGUGUGGAAGAUCCGGAGACGGGAAUGGCGAAGAAGAGGUGUGUGGAGUGUGGGAUGGAGGUUGAGGAGCUGGAGUUUUGAGCGCAGAAUGACGAGGGUCCUCCAUGAAUGAUAUCACGUACUUGUGCCUGUGUUGUCAUCACCGGUCAGAUGAUGCUGCGUGUGCUCUAUGAUUUCCAUUCCACCUGCGCAUCAGCGAGCAUUCGUUUCCGAAGGAAUUUACAAAAGAGUGUUGGUGUUCGAUAAUUGGGAACGUAAGGGCGAUUUGCUGACCCGCGAAUGGUUGACUUUGGCAAGGCUGCUGACUCGCAUAUCCAUCUAAUCUGCACGCCCUGCACACUACGCACCUUGUAAAACCAAUGCAAAAUGCUUUCCAGCCCCGCGGUCUCGAGUCAACGCAUCACAGCGCACAUCCCAGGCAAGACUACCCAAGACUGAGGCCGAACGGCCGUCAACGCGAUGAGCGAGGUAGACAUUCUUCGUCCUGCAGGCAUGUUCCCUGCCAUCAC